AUGGGGAGGACGACGUGGUUUGACGACGAUGGGGUGAGGAAAGGAGAGUGGACGGUGGAGGAAGACCGGAUGCUCGUGGCUUACAUCAACGAAUACGGUCUCGGGGACUGGCGUACCAUGCCUAAGAGAGCCGGUCUGCAGAGAUGUGGAAAGAGUUGUAGAUUAAGGUGGCUGAAUUAUUUGAGGCCUGGAAUUAAAAGAGGCAAGUUCACUCCUCAGGAGGAAGAAGAUAUCAUCAAAUUCCAUUCUCUUCUUGGAAACAGGUGGGCAGCAAUAGCAAAGCAAAUGCCAAACCGAUCAGACAAUGACAUAAAAAACCAUUGGAACUCAUGUCUAAAGAAAAGACUCGUUAGAAGCGGAAUCGAUCCCAUGACCCAUAAGCCAGUCGUCACCGUCGCCAAAGCCACUUCCUCCUCAACGACGUCGUCUCCAACACCGACUCCAUCUUCGUCCUCUUCUUCUUCUUUUUCCUCCACAAGCUCUGCACGUCUACUUAACAAGCUUGCUGCUGGAAUCUCGUCGAGAAAACAUGAACUCGAUAGGAUCAAGAACGUUAUCAUGUCGGAACCAAGACAAGCCGUUGAAGAAGACAAGAUGAUGAUAGGCAAGGAAGAUGAGGAAGUGACUGGUUGUUCCAUGGAGAUCGAUGAGAAUCUGAUCAGUACGACUUCGUCUUAUGAGUACUUAACGUGUGACUUCACUCCUACGUAUACACCUGGCUUCGUCGCUGCUUUUGAUGACUACUCAUUAGUUGAGCCAUAUGAUCUAUAUCGAUCUGAUUUCUAUCAUGAGACCAGUGAUGAUCAACUUGACCUGUUCCUCCUUUGA